GUCCCCGUGGUGUCCGAGUCCUACCGGCUGCGAUGUGUUACGCGCUUUAGAAAAAACAGAGAAGGAAAAACUUCAUAGAAAUGGCGGAGGGUGCUACGACUCUCAAAGGCUUGCGAGCCCAAAUGGCUGCAGCUGCACAAGCACAGGCCGAGGAGCGGCGCAGCCUGCCAGGGAACAGCCCGGGACCUCCAACCAACGCACAAGCUAAACCUCAGGGGAGUAGGCCAGUCAUUGACGGCGGUGCACUGAGAAUAGACGACCGACUGCGAGUGGCAAAAGAGAGGCGAGAGGAGGCGGACAAACAACAGGUUGUGAGAGACUCUCAGAUCAUGGAGCGGGAGCGCAAGGCCAAGAUGCAAGUGGAGCGUCAGCUGGAGGAGCGUCAGAAAAAGGUUGAUGACCAGCGAAAAAAGGAGGAGCAGAAACGAUUGGCUGUGGAGGAGAAGAGGAAACAGAAACAGGAAGAGGAAAAGGAGCACUAUGAGGUGAUGAUGCAGCGGACAUUAGAGCGUAGUCAGCGAGUGGAGCAGAGGCAGAAGAGAUGGUCCUGGGGAGGAGUGUCCACAGACUCUGAUGGGCGGACAGGAGACUCGGAUGCCAGCUCUUCAUCUCCAGUAACUAUAGUUAUCUCCCCUGCCUCGUCACAAAAGCCACCAAGGAGUCAACAAGUGGACAAGCGCUCCACAUCCACCAUGAACCUGAAACAGCUGUCCGAGGCUGGCAUCAGCAAACGCCUAUCCUCCUCCUCUGCCACCCUUAUCAAAUCUCCUGACAAACUGUCUCAUCAUUGUCUCUCAGGUGUUAAGCCGAGGAGUUCAUCUUGUAAUCGGUUGCCUAACAAUGGCAAUGCUGCUCAGGCCAGUAAGGAAGACUGCAAAAAGCCUCGGGUGGAACCGACAGGCCGUUCCGUCAGGAGGAGAAGUUCCUCCCUCACACGAGUAAGUGAGGGCGGAGCACAGACCGCUGCCAAGCCUGAUAAGGCGACAACGGAAGACCAAGCUCGCAGGCCACCGGCUGGCACUGUGGACGGAGGGUUCCUUAGUCGCCUGCUCACCCCCACCCAGGCCUCACUAGCUAGGAGCAAGAGCGCCGCCGCACUGUCAGCGGAAGGAACAAAUGCCCCAGAGUGUCACCCGUGUCCUCGCUCAGCCUCGGCCAGCCCCCUGCACCCGCCGCGGGGGCCGGUGCGCAGCCGCAGCAUUGACCGGCAGAAGAGCGGAAUGACCACCUCUGUGUCGGCCGACGGAGCCCUCGACCCCUCAGUGAAGGACAAACUGUUUACAUCACCUGGCGGGCAACGUCCCGCCUCUCCAUCGAGCACCCUGGGACGCAACCGUUCACCAUCCCCGGCCCCCAGCCCAGCCCCAAAGAGGACGCCCUCCCCAACAGUACCCAAGCAAAAUUCCAGGAUACGCCCACUUUCACCGAGUGCAAUGAAACUACGCCCCCCAUCCCCCCAGCCGGCAUCGGCCAAACCACCACCCAUCCAGAAGCCUGCUCUCACUCCAACGGGGGCCCCCACCUUGCGGAAGAGGGACUCCAAGUCUAAGGACCUGUGUCCUGUCCAGGCUGUUUCUCCACAGACGUCGGAUUCCAACAAGACCAAAGAGAAAAAUGACCCUAAAGCCUCGACGGGCACCAACUCGGCCGCUGAGGCAGCCAAGAUCCUGGCAGAGAACCGCAGACUGAUGCGAGAGCAGAAAGAGAGAGAGGAGCAGCUCCGGGUUCAGAGGGAGGAAGAAGAGAAGCUGAUAAAGGAAGAAGAGAUGCGUUUAGCGGAGGAGGCUCGACUCUUACGCGUGGAGGAGGAGAAGAAGCUUGCAGAGGAGAAGAAAAUUCAAGACGAGGAAGAUGCUCGUCUAGCCGAGGAGGAGCGGGUGAGAAUGGCAGAAGAGGAGGCGGUGAAACAGGUGGAGCUCCAGAAGGAGCGGGAGGAGGCUGAGGCCAAGGCCCUGGAGGAGGCAGAGAGAGUCCGUGUGGAACGAGACCGAGUUAUGCAGCAGAACCAGCAAGAACGAAUGGCGAGGAAGAAGAGAAUUGACGAAAUAAUGAAAAGAACAAGAAAAGGGAACCAAAGUGACUUGAAGGGUGAUGCAGAAGAUGACGAUAAGCUGGACGAGGAGGAAGAUGAGGGAGAAGAGGACUGUGAUACCCAGAGCCAGUCGGAUGACAUCGGCAUGGACGAUGAAAAAUACGAGUCUGGUGAGCAGGAGGCGCAGCGAGAGGAGGCGCAGCGAGAGGAGCCCCUGGGCAGCGUGAACGGACAACCAGAGACAGACGACAAGGAGAAUAACAAUGGCAUAAACCCAGCGGAGACUCAGGCAGUAAGUCUCGUCCCUAAGAGCCGCCUCGUCGAGGGCUCUGAGUUCCUGAACGAGCAGGACUCCGCCAAGGUUCUGCCCCUCAUCAAGGCGGAGGACUGUAACCAGGUCUUGAUCAACUGUGACGGGAGCUCAGAUGGGACCAGGGUAGCCUUCGAGGACAAGGGAACCCCCGUCAACACCCAGCAUUCCUCUCAUCAACCCAUAGAAGCCCUUUCAGAGAUUUAAUGCUGCAGCCGUUGCUGAGAAGCCUCUUACUGUUGCACUCGCAGAGUUCCUGUCUAGCUGAGCUCCUUUAAAGAAAUGUCCCGUUUCAGUCCCAAACAGCUUCCUCCUCCUCCCCUUCCAGAAGGAGGAGCACAAGGUGAAGCGGAAAGACCACCCCAAGUACUAUUUGCACCCAACAUUAUGAGGAAACAUAUACAAGUAUAACAUAUAUGUAUAUAUAUUUAUAUAUAUAUAUAAAAGUUAUGCUUCAGGGAAAUUCCAUAUAUUCCGUCAACAUGCUUGCUUCAGGUCUGUUUCCUCUUCCUCUUGUGUUAAUUUCUGUUUUGUGUCCAUAUUUGCUGAUGUUUUUUAAGAGUUCUGUCUUUGUCAGGGGUGCAUUUGAUGUAAUUUAUUAAUUUUGGUUUCUUUGUAAUUGUAAUUAUUAUUAAAUGUUUAGUCUUAUUGUUUUCUCUUGUAUUGGAAUAUUCCAGGACACGUGCACAUUUGGCCUGUGUGAAUUAAAUAUAUCAUGAGUUAAAGGAAGGCACGUGAAUGCAUUCUGUUCUGUUCGGUGAGGGGAGCGUCCCAAGUUGCACAUGUGAUUCAUCUAAAUUUAAUUGACCACCGAUAUGCCCAAACCAUUUUGUUCCCCAACUCCUAAUUGAAAGUGUGCAUGUGCUGAAUUGCUUGUGCUGAAGCUCAUACACACACAGUUUAGUCAUCAUCGUCAUCAUCAUCAUGUGCUUCGCUUGGGAGGGGAUUCUCUGUCCUUUCAGCCUCACCUUCUCUCACCGGGUGUUUGCCCCGUUGGCCACUGGAGGGCGUCAAACUCAACUCAACUGUUACAUUUGAAGCUGAAGCUGUUGAGAUUCUUGACACCAGUGAAUUCACAAGUUCAGUGGCGUUUCUGCAGUUUGUUCAUGCAGGGCUUCUUUAAGUUUUGUUAAUUAUUACAUAUGUAUAUAGAAUUUAUGUUUACUAACGACAUUGUAAUUUGCAUCAGAAUUCAGUUCAUCCAGUUUUAUUCUCCACUGACUGCGUCUGUAACACACAACUGUUUGAAGAAGCAGAACUGCAACACACACAUGAAGUCAUUCACAGCUGUUCUUUUCACUUAAAGCGGUUUGUGUUUGUCACUGAACAGAAGGUGAAUGUUAGCCUGAAGGUUUUCAACGAUCUGGUUUUAAUUUAAGCUUUACCAACACAUCCACGCGCACCGUUCCAUCCAUCGUUCUGACAUGCGGCUCUCUCAUUCCUUACAUUUGUUCCCCAUUCACUAUCCAUAUUUGAAAAUUCUCAGCUUGAGAGCUGCUACAUCUGACUAAAUGCAUUUCAACUAUUUUUUUAUAAUAUACAAUUUGGCUGUUUUGUUUAUAUAUGAAAAUACAUUUCUGCAUAUAUAUAAGUGUUAUGGUAUUGUGUAUAUAAUCAGUAUUAGGCAAAUGAAGCCAUGUAUAGGAUGGAGGGGCGUCAUGGAUGUGGAUAAUUGAAGUGUGUGUGUGUGCGCUAUACUGUGUUAGGCUCCGGUUCGACUCGUGCCCUGUGACGGGGUUGUCAGGUUACAUCUGGGCAGCCUGGAAAAAUUAACAUAAAGCCCUCUUCCACAUGAGCGCUGCAUAGAAAAAGAAAAAGGGCCACUUAACAUUUCUCAAAAUAUAUUGUGUGUAUUUUUGUCUGAGCGCUUUCAACCACAUAUACCUGAUCUCUGAUUCUGAAUAUUGCCUCACCGAGACGAGACAAGUUGACAUUUUGAUGGCCAGCUGUUACAGCCCACACGUCUGACCCGUGAACAAAGUCACGAUGCGUUUAAUGUCAUCAAGAUAUGGUUCAUGUGGUGAUGAAGGGAGGCUUGUGGUGGGCAUAUCAGAUCGGGUUUUAUCUACUCUUUGAAGUAGCACCAAACUAAAUAUGACACAGGUCAGACUGGUUUUCUGUCUCUUCAGGAUUUUUCAUCAACUGUAUUGAAAUCUUGAAUACCCGAUGCUUGAACGGUCCCACGCGCGAGGUCUGGGGACCUUUUUAAUGUUUGCCUUGUUCUCUGCUGAUUAACUAAAAUCUCUUUGUAAAUAGUCUUGGAGCUUCAGAUCUUAGCUUUGAUUAAUAAGCUCAAAGAAUGUAACGGACUCCAUAAACCGUCCCGCAUUAUUUACCACGUCUCUCCGAGCUGCCCGCCUUUUGUGGCUUUCAUCCAUUAUUCAUUUAGAAGACAUGAUACUCUUUGCACUGUCACAAAUUACUCGCCAUGUUUAACGAACGCUUUCUGAGGAGUAAUUUCACUGUAGAGAAUCGAAGGAGAGUCGUGUGAUAUUCUGGAAGAAAAUAAAAAUGCAUGUGUUCCUUUCCCAGGUGUUUUAGAAGUCUCAUUCGUGUCCCCGACUUGCCUACAUCCAAACUCUUCCUACUCACCCUUCCACUCAUGGGUAGCACCUGCUGUCCGCUGCUUGAACAGAUACUGUAAUUCUUUCAGAUCCUGCUGUGUCUUCGAGGGCUCGAUUACAUAACCGACUGCUUUAAGUCCUCAACUUUGUCUAUAACAAUAGGAUAGAACGGUGCCUUAGAAUGAUAUUUACUAUUUGUAUUGUGUCAGUUAACCAAGAAAGCUUUUCCGUACCUCGGCCUCGACAAUCAAGUCUAUCCAACCAGGGCAACUAAGUGAAUAUGAAUAUUUUUCUGGAGGAUUUACAGACGUAACAAUGCCCUGUCCACGAGUAAAAUUUGUACUGUAAAUAUAUCUUAAGUGUACUGAGAUGAUACAAACUGUUAAUACAAAUAAAGUCUUGCAAAGAU